UACUUCGCUACAGACCGACUGGUUCAUUCACUUUGUAACGAAACAUUCAACAUUAUCAAGACCUGUGUCAGGACCCAACUAUUAUCACGGUUCUGUUAUGAAUCUGUUUCAUGAACUGCUGAAGAAAAUGUUUCUUUUCAUCUGUCUGUGCUCAUGGAGUCUGGCUGGUGUGUUUGGUGAUGAUGCAGUGAAGUUAGAGUCAGUGAUGGAGGGAGAAUCAGUCACGCUAAACCCUGAUGUUAAUACAAUUAAUGAGCUACGGUGGAGCUUUAUAUACAACAACAAAAAGAUUCUCAUCGCUCUAAUCGACAGACAGAACAAUAUAAGCAUACUUCAUGAUGAUACUCUUGAUGGGAGAUUCAGAGACAGACUGAAGCUGGAUCAGACUGGAUCUCUGAUCAUCACAAACACCAGAACCACAGACUCUGGACUUUAUACAGUCACCAGCACCAGCAGAGAGAAGCCGCUGAGCGUGUUCAGUCUUACUGUCUACGCUCGUCUUUCUAUUCCUUUCAUCACUAGUCACUGUCCUUCAUCUUCAUCACGGCAGAAUUGUUCACUGGUGUGUUCAGUGUUGAAUGUGAGUCAUGUGACUCUCUCCUGGUACAAAGGAAACAGUUUAUUGUCCAGCAUCAGUGUGUCUAAUAUCAGCAUCAGUCUCUCUCUACCUCUGGAGGUGGAAUAUCAGGAUAACAACAACUACAGCUGUGUGAUCAACAAUCCCAUCAGAAACCAGACCACACAUAUGGACAUCACUCAACUCUGUCACACAUGUUCAGAAGUCUGUAUCUGCUGCUGUGGUUUUUUUGAAGCUGUUAUCCGAUUGGCUCUCUCUGUUCUGGGGGGCACGGCUACGGUGGCUGUUCUGGUUUAUGACAUCAUAUCUAGAAGUCUUCAACAGAAGAGAGAGCAGACAUCAAGCUCUGAUUAAUCUCUUUCGAUACUAUUGACUAUCAGUUGUUCCUGUCUAGAUUAGAAUGUUUUGUGGCGCUAAAAGGCUCAGUCCUGAAUUGGUUUAAAUCUUAUUUAACAGAGCGAUAUUCCUCAGUCAGAACUUUACUUCCACUGCUGCCCACCUCAAACACAGCAAAAAAUCCAGAGUGAAAUUAACUCUGCUGGGAGUACAUGUGAGACCACACUCAAGAGUGUGAAAGUGUUAAAAUAGGAGUGUUAAAUUAACACUGAAGCAGAGUUAAAGUUAAUGAGAUAAUUAAAGCUCCAGUAUGCGAUUUUUGUAAUUGACCACAAGAGGGCACAUUUCCAACAAUAACAAAGGCGAAGCUUGAUGACGCUAUGAAGCAGGUGACGAUGGGAGAUGUCGUUUUUUAAUGCGUUUUCACCAUAGUAAUGUAUCUAAAUUGGAUAAACAAAUCAUGAUCACGGAUGAGGUAAUUUAUUCGUUUUUGUAUUAUCUGUAUAUCUGAUCGUAUUAUUUUAUGUAAUACCCCUCUCUCCCGGGUCCUCUGACGCUCUUCGCACUCACUCCGAGUGGGGCUUGAACCCGGGUCUUUGGCACGGGAGGCUAAAUGGCUACAGCCACUAGCGUCUGUCGCUAGUGCGUCUCUUGAGAUCGGGGAGUGAGGUUUACUUGCACAGCACUACUCGCUGGCCUCUGUUACAUAUAUUAUCCCGUUACAACUUACAGCUAUUUGUUAAAUGAUUUGUUGGGUUAAUGUUGUGCAGUGUUAUGUGUUUAUGGUUAAUGCCGUGUUGUUUAACGUGCUCAAACCAAUCGUUCUAAAAGUAAAUAUGAACGAACAUUUGCAAGUAAUGACUAAAUAUAUUUUUAACAACACAUAUCCGAUUGUAUUUAAUUGUACUGCCAUAAUCUCGGUCACCACACGUGAUAACAAUCCUUACCUUAGUACAAAGAGCAAUAUAACUUUGUUUAUAAGUGCUAUUAUUGAAACUGAAACAGUCCAUUUGCCGUGUUAUGUUAUUUUCUCACAGGUAACAUUAUUGAUAAAAAAAUGCUACAGUGACAGAAUGUACGGGCAUGUGGUGUAAUUCAUUUCUAUUACAAUCAUCUUUACUGUAACUAUUACGUUACUUGUACAAUAAAAAAA